UUGGUGUCUCUCACAGGUGGAACCGAAACAGCACUCAGCUGCGGCUGCGAGCGGCGAGCCGAGGCGGGUAUUAAGUUGCGUUGAGGGAUUUCGCGAAGGGCACGCUGACUGGAUAUAUCUCCCGGCCUGCAAAAUGAUCGAAUAACAAUAACUAACUGGAGCUGGUGUGGUUGUAGUCAGCUGAAGGAGGAGAGUGUAGCUUAGCUAGCUAAUAAACAUUUAGCGUGCUAGCCACAUUACAGUACACAGCUCGGCUGUGGUGUGAAAGCUGCUGCUGCUGCUGUUUCGAGCUCCUGUUCUCAGCCAUGUUCGUGCAAGAAGAGAAGAUCUUCGCAGGGAACGUGUUGAAGAUCCACAUCUGUACCAUGGAGGGCACAGAGUGGCUGGAGGAAGUCACUGAAGACACUACGAUAGAGAAGCUGAAGGAGAAAUGCCUCAAGCAUUGUGCCCAUGGGAGUCUAGAGGAUCCCAAAACCAUCACACACCACAAACUCAUUCAUACAGCGACAGAGAGGAUUCUUACUGAAACCAAAACUGUUGCCGAUGAAAACCUUAAAGAUAAAGACUGCUUGUUAUUGAUAAAGAAGAGGGCACCCCCACCACAUCCCAAAAUGACUGAUAUAUCUGCAGAAGAGAAGAAGAAGCAGGAAAGCAAGGCUCCUGAUAAAGAUGCUAUCCUGAAAGCCACAGCAAAUUUGUCCACUCGCCACUCCGACCGCACCGUCACGCAGCACAACAUCAGAGACUUCCAGACAGAACUGAGGAAAAUUCUGGUGUCGCUCAUUGAGGUAGCACAGAAACUCCUCGCUUUGAAUCCAGAUGCUGUUGAGCUCUUCAAAAAGGCCAACGCCAUGUUGGAUGAGGAUGAUGAGGAGCGGGUGGAUGAGAAUGCCCUGCAGCAGCUGACUGAGAUGGGUUUCCCAGAGAGCCGUGCAGUCAAGGCACUGCGCCUAAACCACAUGUCUGUGACACAGGCUAUGGAAUGGCUGAUUGAGCACGUGGACGACCCCACAGUCGACUUGCCCCUGCCAGGCCAGGAAGCUCAAGGAGCAGCCGGAUCUGCAGCAGCUGCUUCUGCAUCUGCAGCAGCUGCAUCUGCAGCAGCUGCGUCUGCAUCUGCAGGUCCGUCUCCUUCGGGUCCUGGCCUUCAGGUAGCCACCUCUUCCCAGUCCAGCUCAGAGGAGGCCAAGCAGGAUGAGCUGACAGAAAUCUUCAAAAGGAUCCGGAGGAAACGAGAGUUCAGGCCGGACUCACGGGCAGUGAUUGCACUGAUGGAGAUGGGGUUUGAUGAGAAGGAAGUGAUCGACGCCCUCCGGGUCAAUAAUAAUCAACAGGACGCUGCUUGUGAAUGGUUGCUUGGUGACAGAAAGCCUUCACCUGAGGAUCUUGAUAAGGGCAUUGACACGAACAGCCCUCUGUUUCAAGCCAUACUGGAGAAUCCUGUGGUCCAGCUCGGCCUCACAAACCCCAAAACACUGCUGGCUUUUGAGGACAUGCUGGAGAAUCCUCUGAACAGCACACAGUGGAUGAAUGACCCUGAGACUGGACCUGUCAUGCUUCAGAUAUCCAGAAUCUUCCAGACACUCAACCGCACAUAAAGCACAUCUUAUCUCUGGAGCUUCUGCAAACAGGACAGGCUUAUUCGCUAAUAAGGGAAGUGUGUGUGUGUGUGUGUGUGUGUGUGUGUGUGUGUGUGUGUGUGUGUGUGUGUGUGAGAGCGACAGACACUGUGUGGCUGGUAUGGUUUAUGUUGCAGAGUUACAGCAAGUAAUGAAUGUAACAAUAAUAACAGGAUGGGAAUUUUUCAGUUUUGAAUAUUAUAGAAAUAAUUAUAUCUAUUUAUAACUGACAGAUCACUUGUUAAAAAAAACAAAUGUAAACAGUAACUUAAGUGAUAAUACUAGGUUCACUAUUUCUUUUUUUUCUUUUUACAUUUUAUGAGUGGUUUUUAAUUCAGAAAUUUUAAUUUAAGUACAUAUUUUAUUUUAUAUACUUUCACCAUGAUGUAAAUUAACAUAAGGCAUCCAGAGUAAAAAAAAAAAAAAGUUUACACUUCAGGAAACACUUUCGGAUGUUUCACGAAAGAAGGCCUUGUUUUUAUUCUCUUCAAAUGGUUACAUUUGGUCAGAAUGCAUGUUUCCAGGAUGAGAUGAUUAAAGUAUAACAGCGUUAUUUUGAUUUAGAGUGCAGUAUGUGAAACUAAAGUUACUGACACUGUUUUCUGCUGUAACACGAGCUAGAAAAAAAUGCAUCAUAUUUCAUUUGAAUGUCCAAAUGAGCUACGGUAUCGGACAGCUUCAGAAACACUGGUCAAUGUGCUCGGUGUUGUGUCAUCAGAAAUAAUGUGACAUCUAAUGUCAGGGCUAUGAAAGUAGUACGCCGCCAGAAAAAAGUGGUAAUAAUGUUGUGUACCUUUCCUUCUCGUCGAGGUGAUGCCAUCAAGGAUUUGCCUUUUGUACCUUUAGCCUGUGUAAUGGACCUUUCAAACUUGAACCUGAAGACAUGUCAUAUAACUUAAAUAAUUUUUAAAGGUAUAUCUAUGUUUCAAGGUGAAAGGAAUAUGGGUAAGUCCAAGCCAAAAAGACCCAAUGUAUAGAAAAUUGGUUGCAGCAAUAUUUUUAUUUUAAUGGUGGAAGUUACUGAUGAAAAUAUAUGUAAAUCUAAAUUAGUUUUCAAAAUUUCAGCUUUGGGCGGCACGGUGGUGUAGUGGUUAGCGCUGUCGCCUCACAGCAAGAAGGUUCUGGGUUCGAGCCCCAUGGCCGGCGAGGGCCUUUCUGUGUGGAGUUUGCAUGUUCUCCCCGUGUCCGCGUGGGUUUCCUCCGGGUGCUCCGGUUUCCCCCACAGUCCAAAGACAUGCAGGUUAGGUUAACUGGAGACUCUAAAUUGACCGUAGGUGUGAAUGUGAGUGUGAAUGGUUGUCUGUGUCUAUGUGUCAGCCCUGUGAUGACCUGGCGACUUGUCCAGGGUGUACCCUGCCUUUCGCCCGUAGUCAGCUGGGAUAGGCUCCAGCUUGCCUGCGACCCUGUAGAACAGGAUAAAGCGGCUAGAGAUAAUGAGAUGAGAAUUUCAGCUUUCUAGACCCAGAGGUUUUUUUUUUAAAUUUAUGCCAUUUUGAAAAAUUACUAAAUUAGACUAGAAUGUACCCCCUAAAUCCUCGCCAGGGAUUUUUGGGAUUUUAAAUGCAUUUUUCUCAGCUUCUAGGCUAU